AUGGGUAAAGUUGGAUUAAAAAUUAAAGCCAACCUUAAAAAUGUUGAUAAGUUAUAUCCAAUGGAUCUUGAUCAAUUCGGUUGGGCUUUAAAGGUAAAAUGUACCGGCUGCGGAGAAGAAAAUCCUAAUUGGCAUGUUGUGUCACAAAAAGAAGAAACAGAAUUAAUAAGAGCAUCGGCAAAUUUUGUUUAUAAAUGCAAAUGUUGCAAUCGACAAAAUUCAUUACUAAUUAUUCCUUUGAGCAGUUUAAUGUCUAAUACUAAAAAAGUACCUGAUAAAAAAAAUUUAGAAACAGUUUAUUUGGAUUCAGAUGAAGAACAGUUUAAAACAAUUAUCGGAUUUGAUUGUAGAGGAUUGGAAUUGACUGAUUUUGAACCUAGAGAUGGUUGGGCUGUUCAAAGCGGGAAAAAAAUAUUCGAUGAUGUUGACCUUUCCAGUAAGGAUUGGUGUGAUUAUAAUGAAAUUGAUAAUAUUCCAGUUGAAAUAACAAAUUUUGAAUCAAAGUUUGAAACCUAUAAAUAA